AUGGACUUUGAGGGUUUCACUGAAGGAGAUUGGGCCGAAACUUGGAGCAAAAUCACGGAAAACAUGCCAGAAGAAAAAAUUGGCUUCCGAACGGGUUCAAAAGCAGUCAUGUCUGCCAGACAACAGAUGACGAGGUAUAUUCAGUUAAAGUACGCACUCAUGUUCCUCCUUCGAAACCAAGAUUCAUUUGUUAAAUUUUGUAAUUAUGGUUGUUGGUGUUUGCCAGAGGACUCAGGUACAGUAGGCUAUGGAAAGCCAGUAGAUGGCAUUGAUGCUGCCUGUAAGGAGUACACGACUUGCUUCAAUUGUGUUCAUAAACAAGAAAGCUGCGACGAGGAGCUUUACAAGAUGACCGGGAAGUUGGACAAUGGGGAGAGAUAUCUUCUUUGCAUGGACCCGAUCGGAAGUUGCAAGAGGAAUCGAUGUGAGUGUGAUCUUCAGCUCGCAAAGAAAAUUGCAAGUCGUGAAAAAGUCUGGAAUGCUGACUACCAUCGCGAAUUCGGGGAAAAUCCCAGCCCAGACAUGUGUCGCGCUGGAAAGAAAGAAGCGAUCAACAAUGAUCCCCGAAUUGAUGUCGGGCUCUUUGAGGAUGAUUUUGUCGAAGCAUCAGAUGAUAGCCGUCUUGGUCAAGGUCUCAGUUUCAAGGACGCUCUGAAGCUGGGCGACGUCAUCGGUUGUUGCGGAAGUGCACCCGCGUUGAAACAAAUUCGCCGCGGUCAGAAAUGCUGUCCAGAUGGACAAGUGAUGUUGGAAGGCGUUCCAUGCGAUAUCGACUUUUCUUGA